AUGCAUACUGUUCCUGGAGCAGAGAUCUCUGCCCUAUGCGACGAUAAUGAUGACGAGAUCGUCGCCACAGGAGAUCACUGGUGUGGCCGGGAGGCCAAACGACAGCGGACGAACAUGACCAGCCAUGGUAUAUCGACACCCACGAAUACAAUUUCACCCAAUUCAAGAACCAACGAGGACCUCACGACUGGAUUUUCAGAAGAAUUUGAGGGAGACAGAGCUGGUCGGUCUACACCGCCACCAAGGCCUGAGACACUGCUUCCGCCAACGGCGCAGUCUACCCCACCUACGUCGGUCCCUACUAUCGACAAUAACUUAACAAUUACCAGCGACAAUCAGACCCAGCAGAGCCUCUCUCAAAUACAAACAGACGAGGUCACCACAAGUCACACACUGCCAGUAAGCUCUCCCCAUUUAUGGCGGUUUCCGAACACAACAACUUGGCAUGCCGACGAAGACCAUAUUCCUAUUCCGCCAAAGCUUUUAUCCAUGUGGACUCCUAUUCGGGCCCAAUUGCAACUGGACCUCGAUACAGUUGUCACGGCAAUGGUUUCAGAGCAGGCGAAGGCAAAAAACCGAGUGAAGCGGACGGACUCUUCAAGGAAAACAAUCUAUCCCGAGCUCCGGAUGUCAGGUCAUCAGCAUAACUUUUUUUCAGGCAUGGUUACAGUGUCACCUUGCGUGUGGAUACUCUGUGGCAGCAAAUCUUGUCGCAAUAAAGUUCGCCGUCUGAUGCGGCACCGACUGCUCCCCGAGAUCUUUAUGAAGCAAGCGAUAGAGAUUCACGAGAUGGCGCCUAGAUUCUCCGCUAUCCAUGCAGUUGUUCCACUUCCCCAAAUUAUUUCCGACAUCGAGCAACACGUAGGGAUCGUUUAUGCGGGUGGCACCAUACUGUAUCAUAUGGAAUCACCAAUAGACUCGUACAGGCCCCAGUCAGCGUGUGGCUUACUUUGCUGUGCGACCUUUAUUAAAGACGGAAGAAUAGUUGAUCAGCGUAUAUCUCGAAUAGGAGGGCUAUUAUCCACCAACGACACAGACCCAAGACGCCCAAUCGCAAUAACAACUUCUCACGGGUUGCUAGAUUGCCUAUGGACAGAGAAAGAGGAUAACAGCCCCACCAUAUUAACUCAGGAAGAUACGGAGGAUUCCCUGAAGCUCGAUAGUUACAUUGGGGACUACAGGCAUGGAUUUCAGGCUGCGAAUGGAACAGACGAUUACUCUGAUUCCGAUAGCGAAUCUGGGAGCGAGCUCUCGCGUAGCUCAAGCCGUGAUGGAAAGAAUGGACCGAGUUCAACUGGCGAUGAGACAGAAGUUUCAGAAUGGGACCAGUUCCUGAACUACGAUGAACAUGUUGGGUCCGAUUCGCCGGCAAAAGAUGAAGCUGUUGAAACACAAGACAUGGGAUCAAUUCUUGGAAGAAGAAGUCCUAAAACCAUAACCAAAUGGCACUGUUUGGAAGACAUCGGAGGAGUCAGGCUUUGCAAGGAACGCAUUCCUGUGCUAAGCAAUAAACCUUUACCCACUCGACCAGCCGACUAUGCACUUCUCAAAUCAGAUCUUCUAUCGACUCUCAAGAAUUUGUCUUCGUGGAUUCCAAUUGUUGAGAUCACACACUAUAUCCCUAACGACACGCUGGAAGUUGGCCCUUUAUCCCUUCUUCUUGGCCCAGGAGAAGCGCACGACGUCAAACUAUUGCCAGGAACGACCACGAUGCCUUUUGCGGAGGAAAAGCUGGUAGUUCGUAAACUCCAGCUGUCGAAACCAUUAGGUGCUUUUAGAUCUUGA